UGCUAGAGCUGGAUAGUGCUGCCGGAAGAGGAGUGAGCGGAGACUCCCGGCUCUGGAGUGGGAGGGAGAAAGCAGUGAGGGUACAGAAACCCCCCGUUAGGAAACGGAGGGGGCCGUGGAGACUGUCUAUUGGUGUUUAUGUACGGAGCCGGAUCACAUCCUGUUACGGAUUAACCCCCGGAUAUCUGCCCUCUGGUGUAGCCGCAUCGCAGAGACCCACUAUGGUGUUCUACUUUACAAGUAGCGUCGUCUCCCCGGCUUACACAAUUUACAUGGGAAAGGACAAGUAUGAAAAUGAAGAUCUUAUAAAAUACGGCUGGCCGGAGGAUAUAUGGUUUCACGUGGACAAACUCUCGUCGGCUCACGUUUAUCUCCGACUGCACCAGGGUCAGACGAUAGAGGAUAUUCCCAAGGACGUUCUAACGGACUGCGCCCAGCUGGUGAAAGCCAACAGCAUCCAGGGAUGUAAAAUGAACAACAUAAACGUUGUCUACACACCGUGGUCGAACUUGAGGAAAACAGGAGACAUGGACGUCGGACAGAUCGGGUUUCACCGGCAAAAAGAUGUUAAAAGCGUGACCGUGGAGAAGAAAGUGAACGAGGUCGUGAACAGGCUGGAGAAGACGAGGGACGAGCGCUACCCCGACCUUGCCGCAGAGAAGGAGUCGCGAGACCGAGAGGAGAGGAACGAGAAGAAAGCCCAGAUCCAGGAAGUGAAGCGAAGAGAGAAGGACGAGAUGAGGAAGAAGAAAGAACUCGAUGAGCUCAGGAGCUACACUUCAUUGAUGAAAUCCGAAAACAUGUCUUCGAAUCAGGACGGCAACGACUCCGAUGAGUUCAUGUAACGACGGCCCGAGGCGCGUCAUCCCUCAGCUGGACUUUUUUUUUGUUUCUCCGAUGCCAAAAUAAGGAAAAUUAAACAGGGCGUUUAACGUGCGCGCAGCUUGUUAGCCCCCCCCCAUGCGUUCCACGAGAGGGAAGUCACAGACUUGGGGAGGAGGGCAGAGGAAUCCUGAUAAAGACCUUGGAGAAGGCAGCAUGGACCCUGAAGAAGAAGAAGAGGGUCCUGUCCGCCUCCCAAAGCCUGGGUUUGCUGUUGGAUCCGUCGACGGCCCGUCGCCAUAACUCAGACUCGUUAUGGCUUCCAGCGCCCCCAAAGUUUUAGCCUCACGUGAGACCGCCCAACAUCUGCUGACGAAAGCGUCCGGAAUGAAAUCUAUUUUUUAAAUGCUUUUUCAGCGCUCUCGCGUUUGUUUGCCCAACUCCUGUCUCUGAAGGAAUGC